CCUUCAAAUUGCUGCUGGCCCGGCUGUUUUGUUCUAUUGCUCCAUUGUGAAAGACUUCCUUUUGGGUCUUUCUAUAUUCGUUUCCUAUUCCUAUUCUUCCUUUUUCUGUAUCUUCCAUCCUUUCCCUUCCCCUUCCCUCUUGUGUACUGCGAGCCAGUCUCCUAAUCACCCUCCUUUCAUACUCACGACAUUCCUUGUCUUCAUAACUUAUUCGAGAGGAGCGUUGAUCGCCCGCCUCCUCUGCUACCACUCAUUUGAGUUAUCACUCAUUCGAUUUUCCAACCUCAGUUCACGACUGAUUACUUUCACUUUACCUCUCGAACCUGAUCUUGCUAGACGCAUCGAGAAAUACGGUGAAACUGCUGGACCUGGUUCACCACUCCUGUUUCAAUAACUCUUUUACCUACACCACAAAAGAAAACCAAAAUACCGACCACAAUGGCGCCUCUCAAGUCACUCUUCGCCUCCCUCCUUCUGGCUUUGCCCCUUGUGGCUGCCGCCCCCAUGGACCUGCCCAAGAUCCCCGGUGAUCUGUCCGAGACCCUGGAUGAUAUGGUCGACACCGUCACCGACGCGAUUGCCAACAGCGAUUUCACUAUCAGCAGUUUCCUCCGGCCCAUGCUUUCCAACCCUGACGCCGCCAACAUUAUUUCCAACCGAUACAUUGUUGUUUACAACGACACCUUUGACGAUGAUGCCAUCAGUAUCAAGCAGGCAGGCUGGAUCAACGCCGUUAAGAAGCGCAACCUCGGCAAGCGAAGUAGCAUGGGUCACAUGUUGUCCACCGAGGUCAACACCUUCUCGAUGAACAGUUGGCGCGCGAUGACCCUCGAUGCCGACGACGAUAUGGUGCAAGAUCUCUACAACGCUGAAGAGGUUGCAUAUAUUGAGGCCGAUACAAGGAUUAACAUCACUGCCACCAUUGCCCAGACCAAUGGUACUCCCGGGCUCAACCGCCUGUCUCACUCUGCGCCCAACAAUGAGACCUACGUCUUCGACAGCUCCGCGGGUGAGGGUAUCACGGCUUAUGUGGUCGACACUGGUAUCCGAACCACCCACGUCGAAUUUGAGGGCCGUGCUACCUUCGGUGCUAACUUCGUCGAUAACAUUAAUGACGACGAAAACGGUCACGGCAGCCACGUCUCUGGUACCAUUGCCGGUGCCACUUUUGGAGUCGCUAAGAAGGCCAACCUUGUUGCAGUCAAGGUUCUGGAUGCCAACGGCGGCGGCAGCAACUCAGGUGUUCUCAAGGGCAUGCAGUUUGUCAUUGAUGAUGUGGCCAAUAAGACACUUACUGGAAAGGCUGUCAUGAACAUGUCUCUUGGAGGAUCUUUCUCCGCGGCCAUCAACAGCGCGAUUGCUGCUAUCUUCAAGGCUGGCAUUGUUCCCGUUGUCGCUGCUGGUAAUGAGAACCAAGAUACCGCCAACACUUCCCCCGGCUCUGCGCCCGAUGCCAUCACCGUUGGUGCUAUUGAUGCAACGACUGACGAGCGUGCCGAUUUCUCCAACUUCGGAACCGACGUCGAUAUCUACGCUCCCGGCGUAGCAGUCCUUAGCGUUGGUAUCGACUCUGACGUCGGCCAGGCUACUCUGAGUGGUACUAGCAUGGCCUCUCCUCACGUCGCUGGCCUUGCUGCCUACCUCAUGGCCUUCCAGGGCAUUACGGAACCCGCCGAGGUUGUCACCCUCAUGAAGAGCCUCGCCACACAGACUGGCUCGAAAGUGGUCAACAAUGUCGACGGCACGACCGACCUCAUCGCCAACAAUGGAAACCAAUAGAUGUCAACGAGGAAACGGGAUGAAAGGAAUUCGAGACGCUCCAAAAUGGACGAUUGGCUAGCCUACGAGGGUGGAAUCUUCGAUUCAUGUGUGUGUUAGUGUGUAUGUAAUAUAGAAAGAAUGGGGGCCUUUUAUUGACAUUAUUGUGUCACCUCGCUUCAUGGGCCCCCUUCGUGUUUGAGCGGGGAGUUUUUCUCGCUGGAAAAGGAAAGCGGGUUGAACGUAUAGACAGUACAUAUUAUUGGACUAUUUUCACCAUGUCGA